AUGGGGAUUUUACUCAGCCGGAUUUAUGAUGCUUUCUAUGGGGUGGAAGCGCGUAUUCUCCUUCUGGGUCUGGAUGCUGCUGGCAAAACAACUCUGCUCUACAAGCUGAAGCUGAAUGAAACAAUUUCAGCCAUUCCCACUGUGGGCUUCAAUGUAGAGACAGUUCAAUCUUUCCACAAUGUCAGUUUCACCAUGUGGGAUGUUGGUGGACAAGAGCGCAUCAGGGCCUUAUGGAAGCACUACCAUACCAACACAGAUGGGCUGAUUUUCAUAGUGGACAGUAUGGACUAUUAUCGUUUUGAAGAAGCUAGGCUGGAGUUGGAGGCAUUACUGGAUGCUGACGAUUUGCGAGGGGUGCCUUUGAUGCUGCUAGCAAACAAACAAGAUUUGCCUGAAGCACGGUCUUCCAUGGAAGUGGCAGAAAGGAUGGGAGUGAGGAAAAUAUCAGGACGCAAAUGGCGUAUUCAGGGUUGCUCUGCUCUAAGUGGUGUGGGGAUCCCUGAGGCUAUGGAGAAACUAUCGGAGAUGGUCAAGGCGUAUCGCAAAACUAAGAGGACCAUCUGA